GACUUUACGUGUGAAGAGCAUUGGGCUGGAUCUUCGCUGUGUUUUGACCGCUGGCUAUUUAAAAGACGGGGGGCUGACUGCAGUGGGUGCUGUUGGUUGAAGUGCCCGCGGACUGAACUUGUGAGGAGAGAGAGAGCGAGAGAGGGAGCUGUGCGCUCUCUUCCCGGUAGAGUGCUCCACACACACAUACACACACACACCGGGGUCACUCCACUUCCAGGCGGCGGACUGGUUUCCACUCCUCCUGCAUAUCGCACAUGAACAGUGAAGGACGUCCGCAGUCAUUUCCUACCUGCGCGCCCUCAGCGUGCGUCACGGAAACUCCGCCGUUUCUUCGUCUAAUUGUUUCCUCCGCGGUUUCCUAUACCCGGUGAUUUUGGAUUACGGAGAAUAACAAGCAGCGUGGGCGAGGGAACAGCUGAAAUCAUGGAUUUAUGGAUAAAGUUGUUGUUGUUGUGCAGCUGCUGCUUUGGAGCAAGUGCAGACUUUGAUGGCAGGUGGCCGCGGCAGAUGGCCUCGUCCAACGGCCUGUGUCGCUACGGAGCCAGAGUGGACUGCUGCUGGGGAUGGACGCGCCAAUCCUGGGGUCACUGCCAGCCUCUCCUCGCCUUAACUCACAGAGUAGCCGGGAUAAGGUGCCAGCCCCAAGCUUUGUGCCAGCCCGGCUGUAAGCAUGGAGACUGCGUGGGACCCAAUAAGUGCAAGUGCCAUCCCGGCUUCACCGGCAAGACCUGCAAUCAAGAAGAAGAGCUCCACUAUUUAACCCCACCAGUGUGGGCCAGUCACCUCCCUAUCUUUCGUCCUGUGGACCAUCAGCCAGCGAGGGUAGAGAUGGAGGACCUAAAUGAGUGCGGUCUGAAGCCGAGGCCCUGUAAACACAGGUGCAUGAACACGUAUGGAAGCUACAAGUGCUACUGCCUCAACGGCUACAUGCUGAUGCCUGACGGGACAUGUGGAAACGCUCGCACUUGUGGCAUGGCCAACUGUCAGUACGGCUGUGAGGUGCUGAAAGGAGAGGUCCGAUGUCAGUGUCCGUCACCGGGGCUGCAGCUGGCUCCGGAUGGAAGAACCUGUGUGGAUGUGGACGAGUGUGCUGCAGGGAUAGCGGUGUGUCCUCGGUUCAGGAAAUGCAUAAACACUUUCGGUAGCUACAUCUGCAAGUGCCACGAAGGCUUUGACCUGCAAUACAUCAACGGGAAAUACCAAUGCAUAGACGUGGAUGAGUGCUCCUUAGGUCGAGACUGCAGCAGCUUCGCCACCUGCUACAACACGCCGGGCUCAUACAAGUGCAAAUGCAAAGAUGGCUUCCGGGGGAUGGGCCACGAAUGCAAACCCAUCCCUAAGGUGGCUAUUGACCCUCCGAGGCCAGGCAAACUGCCUCCAAAUCAUCACAACCGCCUCCCAGAUAUAGAUCAGAGGAGGACCACCACCACCGUCCGCCCACCGGUGACUCAAAGGAGAAUCUUCCCCGUAAUCCCCAAAACAACAGCCGCCACAACAACUAUGAAGACCACGACAACAACCAAAGCGCCUCCAAAGAGGGUCACCCCUCCUCCACGUAAGCCGGCAGUUCCCACCCGGAAGCCCUUUAUCCCGACCAGGAAGCCACCAGCACCAACACGCAAACCCUACAUCCCACCCAUAAGACCAGUUACUCCCACCAGACGGCCCCCAACACCAGCACCAGUCACUCCUGUGGACAACACCAUCCAAAAGGAGGUCACCAAACAGAGAGGGGACGUCCACAUUCCUCGGAACCACGAUCGCAACACCGUCCUUGGCGUCGACUUUGACAUUGAGCUCGGGAACACGGCAGAAGAAGCCAAGGACGACCCAGAGUCGGGGUAUCUGAGCUGCUCCUUUGAUGAUGGUCUUUGUGGUUGGAUCAGGGACAAAGAUGGAGACCUGCACUGGGAGACGACGCCUGAUCCGUCAGGUGGACGGUACCUCACCAUCCCAGAGGUAGGCAACAAGAGGACAGGACGGGGUGCGCGUCUGGUCCUCCCCCUCACCCCUCCCUGGAACGACGGCAACCUGUGCCUGUCGUUCAGACACAAGCUGGCCGGCCAUCACGUGGGCAUGCUGCAAGUGUUCGUGAAGAAAGGGAAGCAGUACAGUCCUGCAGUCUGGGGCCGGACAGGUGGGAAUGGCUGGAGGCACACCCAAAUCACAUUAUGGGGAACCGGCUUGGAAAGUGUGAUCCUGAAGGGGGAGCGUGGGCGAGGCCGGAGCGGCGAGAUGGCCGUGGACGACAUCACCCUGAGGAAAGGCUCCUGCACAGAGGAGCACAAUCUGAGGAGACUCUGACUGUCAGAACAGAAGGAGGCAGAACAAGAGGGAGAAUCAUCUCAAAGAGAUCUGACUCUGUUGUGAAAUCCCCUAACUCUGCCUGGGCUCUCUCUGAUCUACCCCCCACACCCACACCUCGCCUCACAGCCCUUCAGUGAACGAUAUCUAUAAAAUUGGCCGUUUGCAGAACUCUGGGUUUCUCUUUUUCGACUGACCAUGAAUAAAAAGAUUGAAUCCAAAUGUCAUGGGUGGAUCCCGGCAGCACAUCUCCCCCUCUCCUCUGCCUCCCUCUCACUCCAUCACCGUGUUACUAUGAAACCUGCAUGCAACUACUUACCAUGGAAAUGUCCUCCACCUAACACAGCCCUGGCAGCCUCCAGCCAACGCUCACUCCAUUUCUUCCUGGAGAGGGGAUCGUUCCCCCGCCUAUGAGUCUGCUUUUACCUUACUUUGAUCCUUAAGCUACAAGCCAUUGCUUUUUAGUUUUUGCUUGAUGUUAAAACAUGUGGCCAGGGUUGUAUUUUGCAACAGUUUAUCUGGUUAAUAUCAAAGAUGGUGUACAUUUCUUUGAGGGGAAAGAGAUUUAAAAUAUAUCGAAAGGCAAAUUGCAUUUGUUAUAAUUUGUUUAAAAUUAAGCUGACUCCAAAUUUCAAAAAAGACCCCAAUUUUAAAAUCAACUUUAUCCGUUUACCUCCGCUUUUGUUUCUCUAAUCUAAGUUUUAAAGGAAACAAAGCAGCUUUCUUUCCUUGUCACAUUAUUUCAAUCGGUUUGGUGAAAGAGGGGGUUAACAAUUCAACCCCUUCUAUACCCCAAUCUUUUAUUCAAAGCCUCCUAAAGCUGUUUUAAAAACUCCACGGUCCUUUUCAGAUACUUGAAAAGUGUCAAUCAGAAUCAGUGUAUGAUUUUUUGACACUUACAGUUCAACACUUACUUUCUAUUAUACAGUAUGUGCUUUGUUAUAUUAAGUGCAGUUUGUUAUAAAAAACGAUACCAACAACUUUUUAGGCUUUCACAAAUUGUAUUAUUGUAAAUGUAGUUGUGUGUACAUACUCUAAAGAUCUACAAUCCCAUUUAUUGUGUGGUUUAUAUGUUAUGUGAAUUCAUACAUGGACAUUAAUUGAAUUUCAAGAUAGUUGGUAUUUCAACUUUUAAACAAAGAACAUCCGUAUACAGAUGGAAACCUUGUGUAGUGCAAGGCUGUGUUUAACAUGCGCAAAUGUGUACGUCCAUGUGUUAUGGUAUAAAGCUCUGUCUGUAACUUGCAAAGCACAUGGUUGCGUAUCGUAUGCUGUGACAAUGAAGGGCAUCGGCUGGAGUUUUAAGGUUUUCUGUAUGCAUGGGUGCAUUCACCAAAUUCAUAUUUAUCCAGACCAGUAUGUAAAUAAAAUACAUUUGACUGAUAUGCUAUGAAACAAAGCAUGUUUUUUUUCCCCCUCUAGCAACACAGUGUCUAACAGAGAAGUAAAAUGUAUUUUUGAACGUAUCCUUUUGAGCUUUUGAAUUCUAUGGCACUGGCAAGCUAUGUGUAGAUAAGCAAGUCCAAUGGUUUUUAUUGUGUGCACAGUACAGUGUAGUUAUGGCAAUGGAAAUCUUAAGUCCCUUCGUUACGGUGGCUAAGAGGGUCAAAUGCACUACAAUGGUCAACAUUUUUCCAUUAGGAUAAAAGCCCUGCAACAUCUUCACCAACAUGACAACAUGUGCUGUAUUUGGAAAACAUUCACCAACUCCACGAAACAUGCACAGUGUUUACACAGGCAUACACAAAAUGCUGCAAAUACAGAAACAGUGACACUAAAAAGAGUACCUUAAAUGUAUAGGCAUUAUUGGCUCAUUUUAACAAUGUGAUUGCUCGAUUCCUUCUGAUUUUAUUGCUAGCUAAUGUGGCUAACCUAGUCAUUUUAUAAUCUCCGAACGUCAACCAGCGCUCCGGUCCCAGCUGUGUGCAUCAGUUUUUGUGUCCCCGUAUCUGUUGUGGUUUGAGCUUCUUGCUGCUGUUUUGAUUUGCAGCGCUUUGUUUAUCCACAUGUGAUAUCAAGUUGGUGAUGAUGUUUCUUAAUUUGCAUUCUUUUUUUUGUAUAUUUAUGUUGUUAUAUCUGCAUUUUCUGAAGCUGCAGCGCAUUUCUCCUAGUGGAAAUGUCUUUAAUUGUUGCAGCGUGUUUGCCCCUGUCGGCCACCGUACAUUUGUGUUGCGUACGCCAUUAAAGGUUUGUUAAUCCACUGUCAA